AUGUGCGUACGGUUGUAAAAACACAGAAAUUAGCCCUACGCUAAAAUUCACAAUUGUCUUGGGCGGCAGCAAUGUUGAGGGUAUUUAUAGACCAAAAUAUGUAGACAAAGUAGCUGGAGCUUUAUCACAAAUCCCUAUAUACAUUUAAAUAACAGAGAUCUUUGGCAUCAUUGAAGUAUGAACUCACCUGACGCUUUUGAGGUCUAACAAUUCGUCUUGUUGUCCCAUAAGACGUAGAAGGUUUCCGGGACUUUCUUCAACCACAGGGGGGAAAAAACAGUCCAGGUGGUCUUAAAUACCCAGGAAGAAAACUGUGCUCUACUAUACCAAGAAAAUAUCUGUUACUUUACCAGGAGAAACAAAGUUUGCAGAAACAUUUUAGACUCAGAUAACAAGCAAAAAUACUCUCCUAUAUCAGAGUAAAAAAAAAAUUCACAUAAUAUCCUUUAAGGAAAAUUGUUAUAGGUGCCUUUAAUAACAUAGCAAAAAGUUGUGGUACUCUUCCAUAUUGGGGAAAAAAAUAAUCUGGUACUUAAUCAUAUCUAGGAGAAAAAAAUACCAGUACUUUUCUACACAUAGGGAAACAUUUCUCAAUAAACCUGUCAAAAAAUAAAAUAGAAAUGUUGCACUUUUCUUUGGUAAUGGGGGAAAAUUUUCCAGUGCUCCAGUACCCAUAGAGGAAAAGUUUAUACUUGAAUAUACCUGAACAAAAAAUUACAGUACCCUUUAGUACUUAGGGGGAGGAGGGGAGGGAAUGGUCAAGUACUCUUUUACCCCUGGGGAAAAAUUCCCAUACUUUCAUAUACUUGGAAAAAUAAAUUCCACUGAGGAAACAAAAACACCAAAAUUCUCCAGUAAAAUACUACACUAUUAUUAAACACAUUUUCUGUUAUUCGUCUAUGCUAGAGGAAGAUGGGUUGUGGUACUUUUCCAGGGGAGGAAAACAGAUAAAUUACAUUCCUAUACUGUUUUUUAGUUACAUUAACAGGUGUGCUGGUUGCACCAUGCCCUGUGCUAUGUUACGGUAAAAAACACCCCUAGACUGUGCCUAGAAUUAUUUACACACAAGUAAUCUCAGUUCAUCCAAAGUAGAAGAUCUAAUGCAUUUGACCCCUGGGGGCAGAUUGGGGUAGGUUUUCUCUAGUAGAGUCAGUAUUUUAACCCCUUAAGGACACAACUUCUGGAAUAAAAGGGAAUCAUGACGGAAUAUUUCCGACAUGUGUCCUUAAUGGGUUAACUUAUUCCUGCAUGUUCCUUUAAAUAAAACGCAAACCAAGAACAGGAAAGAAUUAUUAUUUGUAAAGCACCAACAUACUGAGCAGCGUUGUACAAUGAGUAAAUGUAAGGCAAUAAGUAUAUGUGUAUUUAUUCACUUUUUGUAUGUAGUUAUAAUUAAAAAAAAACAAAAAACGAGCAGGAUUUAUCAUGAAAAGUGAUAGCGCUGACAUAUAACACAGGGGAACAGUUGCUUGCGUUCGCUAUCGCUGAGUAUUUCCAGUAUCUCAGUAAAUGAUGCAAGUUAUUUUUACACUGGAUGAACACAGCUUUGGGCGGUCUUGUACCAAUAAGGCAAUGUGAAGCUCCUUGCCAAAAGGGAAUUAGCUGAGUUUGCAGAAGGUUCCUCUAUAUAAGCUGCAGACAGACCACGCAUUGAUUAGCCUAAUUUGUUGGUAAUAGACUCGACAGUGUGCUCUCACACAUUUCCUACUUGCCUGCCACCGGCUUAGAAAAUAAUCUUUAAAAAAGAUAGGAUUUGGGAAAAAAUAAUUAUUACCUCUUCUGUCCAGCUUUAAAAAACUUAAAUCAAACAUAAUAAAACGACAACAACAAAAAACACUUUUCUAUAGCAAAUUGUUCGUAGCCCCAUAGUUUUAAUUGAUGAGCGGUCUACGGAUGUAUCCAAGACAAAUUCUUCACUAGUUAAAUAUAUUCACAAACCGAGGGCGCCAGAAAUUAUCACAGAGUUAUCGGUUACCGUGGUUUCUGUAUUUUAUUACAUCGCAUGCUGUAUUUCGGACUUUAUUAAUCAAUAUCACGUUUUUUUUCUUGACAGAGCGACCAUCGAGCUUUUUAAUUCCAAGUGCUCCCUGAGGGGUAAGCCUUAAUGUCAAUGUCAAAAUUCAGGCCUUGUUCUUCUACCAUUGAUAUCCUUGUACAGGGUAUUGCAAAUAUACAAAAAGGUUUAUUCACUAAAGGGGGAAUCGCAAGGAAUUCAUAAUAAGUUUCAUAUUUCAGGCCAAAAUAGUCAAACUGGAAAAAUUGUCCUGGUUAGAUAUUUUUCACAUUCGGCUGCUUUGGCCUAAAAUUUGAAAUUCUCUUUGAAUUCAUUUUGAAUCCCUGACAAUUCUCAUUGUAAUAAACAACUCUGUAUCUGAAUAACCCUGAAAGAAAAACUAAGCUCUUCCUUUUCCCUCAUAUAUAAGUAGGUCAAGCCGCAUAUUCAGUAAAUGAUUGUACAGCAUUGUAAUAGUCAAACACAUAGAUAUAUAGACAAUAUAAUGAACAGUAAUUGUUUCAGUUGCAGGGUUACUGCACGGGGAGAGGGGGCAUGGCACCCAGAACGCUUCAUUGAUAUGAAGUGGUCUGGGUACCUAUAGUGUCCCUUUAAAGGGACACUAUAUGCACCUAGACCACUUCAGCUCAUUAAUGUGGUCUGGGUGCUGUGUCCCAGUCCCACUUAGUCCUGCAAUGUAAAUCAUUGCAGUUUUUGAGAAACUGCAAUAAUUACCUUGCAGGACUAAGACUGUCUCCAGUGGCUGUCAAUCAGACAGCCACUACAGGCACUUUCUGAAUGCUAGCAGUCUCUAGGUCCCCUAAAUGUUGCUGGAAGUCCUAUAUGAAUGAAAUUAUACAUGAAAUUGCAAGGAUUGGACUGGAGAAUUACUGUGUGAGUUCCUAUUGAUAGUGAAAAGGUAGCAACGCAGAUCCCUUAGACAAGAUAUAUGUAAAAAAUAUAAAUAUAUAUAUUUAAAUGCAACUAUAAUAAGUUAAAAGUUAUUUUAAAGAAAAUGUAAAAACAGAAUAAAGAGUGGUAAAAUAUAAUGAAACAAUGCAUACUUACAUAAAAUGAGAAAAGGAAAUAGAGUCCUGAUAAAAUGUAUAAAAAGUAGUCCAAGUUUUGAUUGAAGAGAUAAAUAAAUGCUAUGGCACUUGUGGGAUCCGAAAUGUUCAGGUAUCCAGAUGACGUAGAGGCAUGAAGGUAAAAGAAAAGAAAAUUCCAAUAGUGUAAAACUGCAGUGGAAAGAUGAAGAUAAUGGCAAUGGGGUCUUCAUACUCACCUAUAGUAGAGCUAUGGCCAGCUCAGGAGUAAAUAGCAUUCAGUGGCGUCAAUCCCCCACUGGUAGGAUAUAGGUGCCAGUAGGUGGUACAGGUCCUCGAUAUGUGGGAAGAGGAAAAUAAAAACAAAUAGUGCUCUCUGUAUGCAGCAGUAAAAGAUAAUAUUAUAAAAUGUAUAAUACUCACAUAUGAGUGAGCAGGAUGUACUGCUCACUAUAGUAGCGUAGGUAGUAUUAUCCACACCUGGGAUUCUUGGGUGAGUUGAUAAUCUGUAAUGACCAGGUAAGAAUUAAAUAAAAAUAUAAAAAUUAUAUAAAAAAGGUAUAUGGCACAAACACUUUAUGGUGGGGAUUAUACCACCUACGCUACUAUAGUGAGCAGUACAUCCUGCUCACUCAUAUGUGAGUAUUAUACCUUUUAUAAUAUUAUCUUUUACUGCUGCAUACAGAGAGCACUAUUUUUAUUUUUCCCCCAUAUUGAGGACCUGUACCACCUACUGGCACCUAUAUCCUACCAGUGAAUGUUAUUUAACCUGAGUUGGCCAUAGCUCUAUAAUAGGUGAGUAGGAGGACCCCUAUUGCCAUUAUCUUCAUCUUUCCACCGCAGUUUUACACUAUUGGAAUUUUAUUUUCUUCUACCUGCAUGCCUCUACGUCAUCUGGAUACCUGAACAUUUCGGAUCCCACAAGUGCCAUAGCAUUUAUUUAUCUCUUCAAUCAAAACAUAGACUACUUUUUAUAUGUUUUAUCAGGACUCUAUUUCCUUUUUCUCAUUUUAUGUAAGUAAGCAUUGUUUUAUUAUAUUUUACCACUCUGGCGCGACCUUUAUUCUGUUUUUACAUUUGUACUUUUUUGUUGAUGCUUUGAGGGAACAUCACGCCAUUAGGUUGCAGCCUAUUUUGCCAUUUAGUUUAGCUGUGUAUUGGUUACUUAGCGCUGAUCCUAUUACCAUUUACAUUAUUUUAAAGAAAAACCUGAAGGCAAUUUAAUAAGAAUAGACUCACCUGGCAGGCAAGCAGGAAAAGAAAGAGGAAGUGGGAGGAGUCUCAGCUAUAAGUUACAGAUAUAUGCAUUCUGAUUGGUUGAUUCUGUUUUACACUUUAUACUGUUUCUUUGUUGAUGGAAUGUUUACAGUAAAGAAGGUUAAGCAAAUAUGAAGCCUCCUGUCUUUAAUCAAAUUUUGAUAAUUCAGUAACAAAUUACAAUAAUCCCUAAUUAUACAUUUUAGGUUGAAAUAAUUGCACUGGAAUAAUUUUUUUUAACUUUGUUGUUUUUCCAUUUUGGCUUUGUUGACCAAGAAUUUGCAACUCCGUUGCCAAUUCUUCAAAACUCUUUGUAUUCUGCAACAUUUUUGUUCCCCACGUUCAGGUAGAGUCUGCACACUUACAUUUAUAUAAUAAAUAAAAAACACAUAAUUUUAAUGUUAUAUGUGGAACCUUUUCUGAAGUAGUCUAGAAUAGAAUCAUGAAUUCAGAAAAUUACAAAUACACAAAUAUGUCCUGCGCUCAGACUCCUGGGCGGCAACAAGGACACAUCAGCCCCAAUACAUACAAUAAAUACCGAAGAAAAGAGUUACUUGCACACUAUACCAAAUCCCUAUGCACAUUUAAAUAACUGGAGGUUUUUUUUGUAUCACUCCAAUGGCCAUUUAAGCGUAAGAUCACCUGCCACGUCAAGGCAAAACCUCUUGAGUCCUACGCUAACAAUUCCCCUUGUUUUUUUCAGCUCCAGGGAAAUAAAUCUCUAAUGAGACAGAGAGGGGUAUUUUCUAAACCCCUACAUACUUAUUAACUCUUAAUAGGGAACACAUGGGGUCGGCGGUAGCAUUGUAACAUGGCUUUGUGAUACAAAAGCAAAUAUACAAAAAUAAGUCCUGCCUUUAAAGUCCCACUAUUCUGGAGUGGCAGCAAUGACUAUAGUACACAGGGCUGGAUUUUUGCAAAGAUUCGGCUACACAGGCGAAGAUGCAUUUUGCCCCCUGUGCCACCACAAAAAAAUACAACUUCAGCUGUGUAUCCCUUAAUCCCCCUCUUGAAUUUAUUACACCCUUUUGUGUUUCUUAUCCUUUUUUUUUUUAAAUCUUACCCCCUUUAGUGUAUUUUAUCCCCCUGUUACAUUACCCUUCCCUUUAGUAUAUCUUAACCCCCUGUUUCGUACCUUUGUGUGUCUCUUACACUCCCACUUUUGUCCCUCCAGCUCUUUUGCGUAUCUCUUACUCCCCACCAGCCACUUUGUGUCUCUUACUCCACUCCAGCCCAGUUUCUUACUGCCUUUCAGGCCCUUUGUGUGUCUUUUUCUAGCUAAGCCCCUUUGUGUGUCUCUUUCUACCCUUCUCAUCCCCUUUGUGUUUUUUUCUCCCCUUCCCAGUCCAUUUGUGUCUCUCUGUGUCCGCCCAGCCCCUGUCUCUCUUUUGCCCCAUCCCUAGCACCUGUCUGUCUUUUGCCCCUUCCCCAGCCCAUCGGGGACUCUUUUUGUCCCACCAACCACUCUGGGUGUCUCUCCCCCUAGCACUUGUCUGCGUCUUUUGCCUCUACCUCAGCCCCUCUAUGUGUCCCAGCAGCUGUUGUCUCUUUCUCUCCACAGACCAAUUUGUGUGUCUCUUUCUCCCCAAGCCUCUCUAGGUCAAUUUGUGUGUGUCCCAGCUCGUCCGUGUGUCUCAUCACCCCCAUAUGGCUCAUUCCUCUAGCCCCCAUGUGUCUCAGUCCCUCAGCAACCCAUCUCAUCUCACCAGCCACCCCAUGUGUCUUAUUCCCCCAAACCCCAUGUGUUCCAUCCCCCCAACCCCAUGUGUUCCAUCCCCCCAGCCCCCAUAUGUCUCCUUCCCCCAAUUCCCAUAUGUCUCAUACCCCAGUCUCCCCAUGUGUCUCAUUCCCCCAGCCUCCCCAUGUGUCUCAUUCCCCCAGCACCCCAUGUGUCUUAUUCCCCCAAUCUGCCAUGUGUUUCAUUCCCCCAGCCUCUCUGUAUUUCUCAUUUCUUCCCCUUCCUCUAUGUGUCUCCUACCUUCAGCCCCCCAAUGUGUCUAAUUUCCUCCCCUCCCCCUACGUGUCCUACCCUCUUUUCCUCCCCCAGCUUACCUCCCCUGUGUAGGAGUCUCUGUUUCCCUAUAUCCAGUCUGACAUGAAGCAGUUCAGCGCUCCCUUCAUACAAUUCCUAUCAGACUGGGUAGAGGAAAACAGUUGCUCAUCGACCCUAGUCUGCAGCUUGGCCAUGUUACAUGCUGUGACCGACAGAAGGGGAGUACUGCUGUGCGAAGACUGAGCCCCCCGGGCAGGUGUGACCUAAUGGUGUCGUCGGUGUAGCCUUUUGGUAAUGCUGGCCCUGAUAGUACACAUCAGUCCCAAUACAUACACACAAAAAAAAAAUUGAAAAAAAGAGGAAUUAUUGAAAUUACGACUUAAAAAAUGCCAGAGAAAGAAUAUUGUAUUUUCAUUUAUUUUUCUUUUUCCUAUAAGCAAAAUUCAAGACAGUAAAAAUCUCUUCUUACAGGUAACAACACCAGCAACCAUGGGUGAUGGGGAGAUGGCCUGUUUUGGAGACGCUGCACAGUUCCUCCGGAAAUCUGAGAAAGAACGAAUGGAAGCCUAAAACAGGCCAUUCGAUGCCAAGAACACCUGCUUCGUAGAUGACCAAAAAGAGCUGUACGUCAAAGGUAUAGUCACAGCUCGUGAAGAUGGCAAAAUCACCGUAAAAACCGACGAUGGAAAGGUAAAUAUAGAAUUCUAAUACUUAACAUACCAGCCGUUAAAUACUUUGAAUUGUGAGCUAAACUAAAAUGUGUCUCUUUUUCUUAUAGACUGUAACUGUAAAAGACAGUCAAGUUUUCCCCCAGAAUCCUCCCAAGUAUGACAAAAUUAAAGACAUGGUCGUGAUGACCCAUUUAAAUGAAGCCUCUGUGUUGUAUAACCUCAAAGAACGUUAUGCAGCAUGGAUGAUCUACGUAAGUUUGGGCUCUUGCUCUAUAACAUAGACGCGUUUCUCAGUAUUUGUCAUGCAUAGAAAUACCAGAUAAACAGUUUAAAUAGAAAAAAAGCGUAUUUAAAUGCCAUUACUUAGCUUGUGUAUAGUAAAAUCCAUCCUUAGUAUUAGAAAAAGUCCUCCUAAAUCUACUGGGUUCCCCUUAGAACAUUUUUAAAUAAUUUAUCAGCUGUAAAGUAAAAUAUUUACAGUAGCUUUAUUGUGAAAAGAUGCCUAAUCUUUAGUAGUUCUUUUGAAGUAUAGCUUGAUGCAAUUUAUUUUGUUGUCGGUUUAGACCUACUCUGGCCUUUUCUGCGUCACUGUGAACCCCUACAAGUGGCUCCCAGUGUACAACCCUGAAGUGGUUGCUGGUUACACAGGGAACAAACGAAUGGAAGCCCCACCUCACAUCUUCUCCAUCUCUGAUAACGCUUAUCAGUUCAUGUUGACAGGUACUUGGCUUUUUCCUCUGUGUAACAGACUUAUUUUUUCAACACACAAUAAUAUGAAUUUUAUUAUUAAUCCCCAUCUCCUGUUUGCAGAUUGUGUCAAUCAGUCUGUCCUGAUUGCGUAAGUAUUUAUUUUCAUUGUAUCUCUCAAGUCUAGCUAUUUCUUCAGCUUUUCUAGACGUACUAUAUUUUAACCUUCUUUAUCCAUAGUGGAGAAUCUGGUGCUGGAAAGACUGUGAAUACGAAACGUGUCAUCCAGUAUUUUGCAACAAUUGCCGCUAUUGGAGAUCAAGGCAAGAAAAAGGGCCCAGCUAACAGCUUGAAGGUAACACGGCUAUUGGGAUUACUAGUGCAUAGUUAAAGGACCAAAAGGAUCAAAGCAUAUCUCAUGUGCUGUACAGUCCUCUCUAUCCAGUGGUAUAACGCUACUGAGAAGUCACUUACUUACUUAGACUUGCAUUCAUAUAUAGUUAAUUAGGUUGAAAACAGAUACAAUACCUCUUCACAUCUUCUUUAGCAAAUACACUUAUUUGAUUAUCCAGAAGAAGAAACUAAAUAUUUUUCAAUAUAUUUUUUAGUACUUCCAUGCAUAAUGCUUUGUUUCUACUUCCAUGUGGAGGAAAAGAGAUUAAUGUCUAAAUACAAAUUUCAUCAAAUUAACAAAUUUUACUCACGUUUGACAGGGCACUCUGGAAGAUCAAAUCAUUGAGGCUAACCCUCUGCUAGAAGCUUUCGGUAAUGCCAAGACUGUGAGAAAUGACAACUCUUCUCGUUUUGUAAGUUUUUGUUGGGUAAUAGCCAUAUUCAUGUUAUCAUCUACAUGUUUCCCCAUUUGUUACCAAAUUUACUAAACUGUCACUAUGGUAUUUAGGGUAAAUUCAUCAGAAUCCACUUCAGCACCACCGGAAAACUGUCUUCAGCUGAUAUCGAAACAUGUAAGGAAAAUAUUGCAAAUUAAUUUAUUUUUAUUUAUUAAUGUGAUUUAUUGUAUUUCUUAUACUGGCUUUGGUUUAAACAGAUCUGCUGGAGAAAUCCAGAGUUAUCAGAUCAGGACAAACAAGAAACCAAAAAUUGUUGGUAAUUAAACAAUAUUGUUUAUUUCUCCAAUGAACACAGAACCAGUUAAUCUUAAGAGUAGGUUUUGAUUUUUUUCCAUAAGUAUACAUUAGGGAAUAUAACACACCUAAUAUGCAACAUGUCUUUUUCUCUAGAAACACUUCUGGUCACAACCAACCCUUACGACUAUCCUUCCAUCAGCCAGGGAGAGAUUGUUGUGAAGAGUAUUGAUGAUGAAGAGGAAUUGCUGGCCACUGAUGUACGUUCUGAAGUUGUAGAGAAGAUCAGCAGAAUCCUAAUGGUGUUCUAAAUGCUGGUUUCAAUCUCAAACUGCCUUUCUCAUACUACAGAGUGUCAUUGAUGUCCUGGGUUUCACCGCAGAAGAAAUGAUUGGCAUCUACAAACUUACAGGAGCUGUCAUGCACCAUAGCAACUUGAUGUUCAAGCAAAAACAGAGAGAGGAGCAGGCUGAGCCUGAAGGCACUGACGGUUUGUCUUCGGUGUUCAAUGAAAAAUCUCAGUACAACUGAGUUUGAGUUUGAUAAAACUGGUGUCCAAUAUAUAAAUACAACAAUUUUUAUUUUCAUCUUGUAGUUGCUGAUAAAAUCGCAUAUUUGAUGGGUUUGAACUCUGCUGAUCUGCUGAAAACUCUGUGCUACCCAAGAGUAAAGUUCGGCAAUGAAUUUGUCACCAAAGGACAGACUGUCCCACAGGUAAUUAUGUCUCCAGUGUUCAGCUGAUUAUUGUUAAGGUGUGUGCAGUUCCAUGCAAAGGCUUAUGCUAUAUCUGUACCCUUCAGGUUAACAACUCAGUUGGUGCUCUGUGCAAGUCAGUGUAUGAGAAGCUGUUCUUGUGGAUGGUCACACGUAUCAACCAACAGUUGGACACAAAGCAGCCAAGACAGUUCUUCAGUGGUGUGCUGGAUAUCGCUGGUUUUGAAAUCUUUGAUGUAAGUGAACAUUUAUUUAAAAUAUUGUCGAAUAUAUAUUUAUAACUUUAAACUAAGUACAUUAUAAUCCUCACCCUUGUGUCAUUUACAGUUCAACAGCUUGGAGCAGCUCUGCAUCAACUUCACCAAUGAGAAGCUGCAGCAGUUCUUCAACCACCACAUGUUCGUCCUGGAACAGGAAGAAUACAAGAAGGAAGGCAUUGACUGGGAGUUCAUUGAUUUCGGCAUGGAUGUGGCUGCCUGCAUUGAACUCAUUGAGAAGGUGGGUUCUUAAAAUAAACCAAGUCAAGUAAUGCUCUGGAAACACAGGUUAAGGAUGUAUAAAAUGCUCACUGAUAUCUACUUUUUCAGCCCAUGGGCAUCUUCUCAAUCCUUGAAGAGGAGUGCAUGUUCCCCAAGUUGCUUCAAGAGCAAACUGUAUGA